UUGCAGGUUGUUUAUCGUGAGCAACAGGUCGCCAGUGUAGCGAAAUUUUACAAAUGGCGACGUUAGCGUUGGCAAAAUUACUGAUCUUGUUAUCAGCAAUUGGAGCAUUAUCGCUGCCAUUGGAACCACUUCCAGGUAAAUCUGGUGCAGACCAAGUACGAGAAGCUGUAAGAAAGGCCGAAGAAGCGGCAAAGAAAGCUGCUGAAGAAUCUGCGAAACAUGGAGACAACGCAGCUGAAUUGAGAGUUGCUGCAAUCAGGGCCAAGCUUGCCGCACAGAAAGCUAUUAAACAACGGCUGCACGACACGCACAAAAUACGUCCAAAUUUAAAGUCCAUCAGGAAAUGGCCACGUCCAGCUCAUUUGCAGAACAGCAUGAAGCAGUUUGUUAACCACAGACACGUGAACAGGCUUUUACCGCUUGUGCACCGCCCCUUGAGACGGCCGCUGCAUAGAAAUGCAUUUUCGCAUAUGAUCAGCUUAAACGAUUUGGCGAAUGAUCACGCUCCUCAAAACAAUUAUCAGGAGGACACAACCUUGGAGGAUAGAUUGGCGUUGGAGGCCGAGGAGGAUAAAAAGAUUGGAUCACAAUUCCCCGACGAUAGCGAUUACACUUUCUCUCGGUCUUCAUUGACAGGUCGAGAUGCUACACAGAGCAUUCAAAAUCAAGUUGCAACAGAGAGUGCAAGGGAGCUUAAGGAAAUACAGCGCCAAAUUAACGCCGAGUCUCAGAAUUCUUUAGGCAAGACAACGAUGGGGGAUGCAGCCGCCAUGUUUCACAAUCCCUCGCCACAGUCAGCAGGAGUUCAGCAAAAACCACAGGCGCGCAAUGGGAUGAUGGAACUACAAACAGAUUUGAACCACGCUUUAACAAACGCUGAGAAUAUGAACAGUGAUCCGAGAUUUGCGAGUUCGCCGUUAAAUAAUGAAGAGGGAGACUCAAUUGGUGGAAAUUCAUUUACAGGACUUGGCGAGGAAAGACAAAUCGCUGAUAUGGAACCGAGCGUGGCUGGGCUAUCAGCAAUGGAAAACCCCGGACAAACAGAACAGAUGGGAGAUGGGCAAGCAACUUUAGAAGGGCAGCAAGGAGACACCAUACAAUCUGCUACAUCAGCUUUAGCAGCCGGUGCCGGCCAUGCUGCUUUUGGUAAUCCUCACCUUGGAAUAUCUAAUGAUGUUGGUGGUCUUGGCGGACCAACUGGACUUGGAGCAGCAGCAGGUCUCGGGGGCGCCGCGGGACUCGAAGGAGCAGGGGGACUUGGAGAGGCAGGAGGACUUGGAGAGGCGGGUGGUCUCGGAGGAGCAGGGGUACUUGGAGGAGCAGGGAGGCUUGGAGAGGCAGGUGGUCUGGGAGGAGCUGGGGUACUUGGUGGCCAAGCGGGACUUGCAGGACUGGGUGAUGCUGGCAUUGGGAAUAGAGCAUUAGGUGGUAGUUCAUUGGGUGGAGCUGGUGGUCUAGGUGGAGCUGGUGGAAUGAUGCUUGGAGGAAGUCCUCUUCUUGGCGGAAGUAUGAAGAAGUCAAAAAUCAACAAAAGUUGAAAAAUGUAACUGACAAAUGGGGAAAUAUGUUUGAUCCACAUGUGAAGAACUACAGAUUCAUGCUGAACACAUGCAUCUCUUGUGACCGAAGUCCGAUUUUUCGUGAAACGUUCAAAGUUUGGUUAAAUGAUAAAAACCAACCGAUUGCGUUGGAUCUUAAUUACUAUUUCAGAAACAAUCGUGCAAUGUAAAUAUUUAAUUUGUAUAUAUAUAUGCAGUGUAUUCAGUAAUAUGCUAAUAGUCUAUGACAGGGUCAAAUUCUUUUUAAGAAUUUUUAGUCGGCAUGGGUCAAAACUGCCCUCCAGGCGAUUU